AUGAAAUUCUCAUCAGUUGUCUUAUCUGCUUUAUUAGCUAAUUUGGUUGCUUCUGCUCCAAUUAAAACUGUUAUUGUCACUGCUUUCACUACUGUUUUAGUAGAUAGUCAAGGCAACACUAAAGUUCAAACUGAAGCUGCUACUGCCACUGCUACUAUUGGUAGUGGUAAUGCUGCUGCUGCUAUUACAGAUGCUGCACAAGAAGAUAAUACCCCAUCUACUACUUCUACAUCUUAUAAUAACAACAACAAUAACUGGGCUAGUGCUCCAAGUUCUGUUGAAACUUCUAUUGUUCAACCAGUUACAAGUGAACUUACUCAACCCUCUACCACAAAUAACAUACCAACUACCUUAUCAACUCAAACUACAUCAUCAUCAACUUCAUCUCCAUCUUCAACAAGCUCUUCUUCUUCUUCUUCUGCACAACCAAGUGGAUCAGAAUUUUCUGGUGAAGGUACUUUUUACUCUACUGGUUUAGGUUCAUGUGGUAUCACCAGUACUGAUUCUGAUUUCAUUGUUGCUAUUUCUCAUGAAUUAUACGAUUCUAAAGCUGUUGGUAAUAAUCCAAACCAUAAUCCAUUGUGUAACAAGAAAAUCAGGGCUUCUUAUGAAGGUAAAUCCGUUGAUGUUACCGUUGUUGAUCGUUGUGAAGGUUGUGCUUAUAAUGAUUUAGAUUUCUCACCGGCCGCAUUUGAUAAAUUGGCUGAUGAAUCUUUAGGAAGAAUUGAUAUUACUUGGGAAUGGCUUGAUUAG